CAAAUACUGAGAGGUACUAUAGAAAUUAUGAAUUCAACACUCAUUUCUCCGUCUAAUUUCCACAGUCAUAGUCACAAUGCUCAUGAUCUUGUCAAUAGACUCCCUAUGAUUCGCUCAGACGCUGUAAAUAGUUCGCGAUUUCCACUGUAACCCACCUGGUCUUGGUGCGGUCUCCCCCGAUCUUCCCGCUCUGGGCUGGCCUUAAAUUUUUGAUAGGCGCAUCCAAUUACUUUUUAGUAGAGGCAACUGGAGGAAAUUCUUGCUUCAUCCAUCCAUCCACUCUUUGUUCUUGUCAUCAUCACCAAACACAAUCUUCGAUUCUUUCAACACUCAGGCCAACAACGCUGAGUUACUUCAUCGAACGUUACAGUUCUAAUAUAUAGUCAUUCACGAUGGGUUGGUUUUGGGCAGACACGCCUGUUCCUGCGGUUCCUGUUGGACACCCAGCUACUACCGACAAGGCUCCUCCACCUGGCUGCCCUAUGCACCAAAAGUCUGCCGAUGCCAUGAACCCCGUGGCUAAGCCCAAGAAGCCUGUCGAUCUUCCUUCCACCUCAGGAUGUCCCGUGCCUCACGCCGCCCGAACCCAAGAGCAGCCCAAAUCUUUGAUCUCCCAGCUCAACCCUCUGAAUUACAUGUUCCCCGAUCUAUCGCAAAAGCCGGCUCCUAACCAAUCAUUCGCUCUCCCGACAACCCGAGAUGAGUCUACCAUCCCCAAGGGUACAGGAGAUGGCAACUGGGAGUACCCGUCUCCUCAGCAGAUGUACAACGCGCUACUGCGCAAGGGAUAUACCGAUACCGAUAUCACCGCCGUCGAGGGUAUGGUUUCGGUACACAACUUCUUAAAUGAGGGCGCAUGGCAGGAGAUUCUUGGCUGGGAACAACGAUUUGCACGGGGGCUAUACAAAGGAUGGCAGAUCUGCAAGAGGGGCGAAGGUCACGUUCAGGAAGCGCUUGAUCGCCAAAGGGACGGUGUUGAUACCGAGCCUAGUCUCGUUCGCUUCCAGGGCCGGCCCAAGGAGUUGACUCCCAAGGCCACUAUGAUGCAGGUUCUGGGCUGGAUUUACCCUUCAAAGUUUGGCACCGAACCUCCCUUUGACCGACAUGACUGGUACGUUGCGCGAGAGAUCAACGGCCAAAGGAAGGAGAUUCGAUACAUCAUCGACUAUUACUCUGGCGAGCCCGAUGCCCACGGUGACCCUGUCUUCUUCCUCGAUGUGCGUCCUGCCGCCACGCCCUUGGGUGCCGCCGAGCGUAUCAUUCGCUGGAGUACCGAUACCUGGUGGAAGGCUAUCGGCGGCGACAGACACGAGCAGGAUCCCCAGCCUUGGUUCCGUGGCACUUCUUAAAAUGAUUUCUUUGGCGCUUGGGUCAUGAUGGAAGCAGGUGUUUUCUGAAAAGGUUCUGGCGCGAUGCAUUCUCCUCUCUAAUUGUUCUGAUUGGAUGUAUUUCUAUAAUGACGGCUGGCAUGGAGUCACUUAUUUGGGCUCGAAAACGGAGGCAAUCGGAGCAGUUGUGUAUUAUAUACCACUCAUUAGAACUUAGUUCAAGUUCACAGCCAAUUCGUUCACUUGGUCUAGAAGAGCCUGGUCCUCUCCAGCUGCAUUCUUGAGCACCUUUUCCAGCUGGUGGUCAACGGUCUGGCCAGGGAUGUCAGACACAGUACCCUGUGCCUGUUGGAUACGAGCCAUCUGGAACUGCAAGAAGAACUUUGGAACCUUGAUCGCAAGACUUCCACCAGUUGAUCUGAUACCAGCCUCAGUUGCGAGGUAAACAUUGAGCUCAUUCUGGAACGUAUCCAGGUUGUUGUUGGCCAGGGGUGAUGUGGUUGCAAACUUGUCGAGAGCGAAAGCCAGAGGACUUUGGCCUGAUUCGGCAAAGUUGAUGGAAGAAAAGGUCACACCGCCAGAGCUCACGUCUGGGACACCAUCGAUGGUUGUUUUCGAAUUGUCGCAGGUGAUGACCGAGGCCAGAUUCGUGGCCUGUGUCGAAACUUCAUCGGGGAGAGCUUCGGAGCCAGUCACAAAGCAAGGAUUUUGUCUCUUGGGAAGAUGAGGCGCUUAUAUACGUUAGCAGAAGUGUUCAUCAAGAGAUGUGGCCAAGAAAAGGAUACAUACCUGCGAUGGCGCUUCCAGUCAGUGUGAUGAUGAUGGGAAGAAUAGGGAAGUGCAUUUUGUACGAGUGAGUGAGUAAAUGAGUGAGUGGCGAAUGAAUAGAAAGAGAGAUAAAACAAGAGUAUUAUAAACAAAGAUCCGCCAGGGAUUUACGAACUGAAGAGAAACAAGUUGAGAAGUGAUGAGUUUGUUUAGAUACUGUAGAUAGACAGAUACCGAGGAUCUACAGGCCUUUUAUACGCUGAGAGUAUAUGUGAC